CGCUUGUAGACACAUCUAGCAGAGCUCCCUGUGGUGUCGCUGAUGUGUUGGAGUUACCUCCUUCAGUCUUCACAUCAGUGACGCUCCAGGAUCAGUGGGUCUACCUUGGGCAUGACGUAACCAGCUGUUGACGUUUCUCUGCGGCUGGAACUUGCUGAUGAUAGUAAAGCCUAGAUCUUGCUCAAGGACACCGAGACCAGUGUGGAACCAUGAACCUCUCUGCAGAAAUGCAAGGCGUGAUGUGUAACUACACAGCAGGCCGGCUGGAGAAGCAGUUGCUUCCAGUCAUGUACUCUCUCAUCAGCCUGCAAGGGUUGCUGGCCAAUGGCCUGAUGUUAUCCAUGUUUCAAAAGCAGCUGCUGAGGAAAUGUGGCGUGUACACCUACCUGAUAAACCUCACGGUGGCCGACCUGAUCAUCUGCCUGGUCCUGCCCUUCAGAGUGGUCCUCCUGAUCAAGGGGGACUCGUGGACGCAGAGCUCGGGGAAAUGCAUCACCUUAACCAUGAUCAUUAACUUUGGUUUCUACUGCACUCUAGCCUGCCGGACACUCUGCUUAAUCUUCAUCGGUUUUAGCCGGUACGCGAUCAUUGUAAAAUUCCACCACAAGAAGCUCAAACUAUUGUACGAGCCCCGUUUCGCAAAGUACACCUCCAUUGCUUUCUGGAUUGCAGGCAUCUUAAUUGUGACAGUCUGUUCAAUUUACAUGUCCCGGUCAAUGGGAGCAUCUAAAUCACUGUGCUAUGGUGUCACGAUGUAUAGCCAGUUACCAGCCAACUUCACAGUCCUCAAUGCCUUCUCAAUAUUGUUCCUCUUUAUUUUAAUAGCGCUGGUUCUUUUGUAUGUUUUGGUCUUCGUCUACUUAUCCAGAGCGAGGAAAACCGUAGCCGCCCAGAAGAACCGCUGGCUUUACCGCAAGUCCCAGCUCAGGAUCUGCGUGGCGGUGUUCACCUGCAUCUUGUGCCAGUUGCCAUACUUCAGUUACCAGCUGGCCUCAAACAUCCACAGGGCGUUCUACAACGACUGCCACGUCCUGGUCACAAUGCAGAGGGCCAAGAUACUCUUGCUCUGGCUGGUCUCCCUCAACAGCUGCCUGGACCCAAUCUUGUUCAUCGCCAUCCAAAAGUUUUCCUCCAUGGUCAACAGCCACACAGAGAGCACGGGCAAGUGCCAUGAGAUGGAGACUGCAAGCCACACUAACUAGUGCAGGGCAUGGCGUUUGCAGCAUCAAGGUAGAUGAUGGCAUGUUCAGCCGGCCCCCUGCACCAAGGUGGACAGACCUCAAGCUUCAUAAGUUCAUAGGCUCAUAAGAUAUAGGAGUAAAAGUAGGCCAUUUGGCUCAUCAAGUCUACUCCGCCAUUCAAUCAUGGCUGAUCUAUCUUUCCCUCUCAACCCUGUUCUCCAGGCUCCUCCCCAUAACCCCUGAGACCCAUAUUAAUCAAACGAGUGUG